UUUACCCCAGUCACUGCGUACGCUUCAUACUAGUGUGCAAGUUGUGGUAUUAUAAGUGAACUCAAUCGGUUUUUGCGCCCAUCUUUCAUCAGUUUGCGCUAUAAACUGGGGGUCCGAACAGAAAUGGUUUAACGAUUAUCUUGGACAGAAUGCAGAGCCUGUCGGUAUUUUGCAUCCUCCUCGCUAUAGCUGCUGUACAAUCGCAGGAAUCGUGCGACGAUGCGAACUUGGAAAAAGAAAUCGGUGGUGGUUGCAGUGAUUACGAUUUGGUUAUGGGCUUCAUGCCGAUGGUUGAAUUCUGCUUCUCCCGUGAAGGGAUAAGCCUAACGUUCGGUAGAUCACGAGGGAACAUCACAGAUGUACAGCUAAGUCGCAUUUGCGAUAUUGUACAGAUGACGGCUCGAAGUUUCCAUGACUUCGUUCGCACUUGCAUCGCCCCUAAUUAUACCGAUGCGCACACUGGUGCCGAGGGUGGGCUUGCACUAACGCAGAUGUGUCAACAUUCCAAUGCGUACAAGAUUGGUAAACUGGUCUUUAGCUGUGUCCAUAAGAUGGAGCAAGAUCAUCAGCGAUGCAUGCCGGGCAUCUUGUAUACCGUCCUUCCCAAAGAUAUCGAGAGCAGCAGUCCGCAACUGUUUCUCCGUAAACCGAGAAUUAUAUGGGAAGCCUGUUGCUACAUUCAAAAGUACGAAAGAUGCUACAUGCCGGUGGCGGAAGUUAAGUGUACUACGGAAGAAGUAUCCGCAAAUCGGCAUCUGCUGAGCCACAUUUACCGCUCAUUUAACUGCGCACAACACUUUCCAAGCUGCGUUCCCUGAUCACACUGAUAUUUCGGUCGAGGAAUUAGUGCCAUAGAAAUAUGUUUUGUGUCAAUUCAAACGAGGUUGUGAGUUAUGUAUAGAAGUACUGAAAUUCAUAUCUAGCACGUACGUACGUAUCUUUUGUAGAAGUUUAAGUAUGCCUUGGUUAGCGCCUUAGCGGGUAUAAUUAUCGGCUUUUUAAUUCUGUCUGUAAAUGUACGCCUUUUCACACGCUUUUCCACUGCUGGCCUAUUACAAAAAUUAUCUACGAAUGCAUUUGAUUGAUUAUUAUGGGUGGGAACCGUGGGAUGGCGAUUUAGAGUUUUAAUUAGCGGCACUGUAACGUAGCUGCUGCAACGUAUUCCAUUCUGCGUAU